CAGCCCGUUGAUGUGUUUGUAAACACUGCUUCUGCGGUUCAGUGAUUAUUAUGUGAUAUUAAAAUUAAAAUUGUUUUAAUAUAGUUAUUUCGGAACUAUGCAUUGAAUAAGUGUUUGCUGUCGUAAGCAAGGGUUGAUAAUACUUCAGAGGACGAGACCGGUCAAAACUUGGCGGUUGAACAAACAGGUGGAAGGGGGUGUACUUCGGCCUACUUUGAUCGGAUAAAAUCCUGUAAAAUUGUUCCUAAGAAACUUAAUACGUACUGACUAGUGCUUGUGAACUCGAACUCGAUUGGCAACCACCGCGACAGCAACCAUGGAUCCGGAAGCAUUCCUCGAUAUCGCCAACCAGGUGAUAAAGCUCAAGAUGUUCCCGUACUUUGACAUCGCACACAGCCUGUUGUGUGCCCUGUCGGUUAAGGAAGAUCUCGGAGCCGGAGCGCAAGCCUUCUCCCGGAAGCACCCGCUUGCCUGCUGGCUGUCAACGAUGUUGGUCGUUUUCGCCGGUGGAAUGGUCGCCAACGGACUGCUGGGAGAACCGAUCCUCGCCCCGUUGAAGAACACCCCACAGUUGCUCGUGGCCACUGCUUGCUGGUACAUUGUUUUCUACACUCCGUUCGACAUUGGUUACAAGGUUGCCAAGUUCUUGCCUGUGAAGCUGGUGGCCAGCGCCAUGAAAGAAAUCUACCGCGCAAAGAAGAUCCACGAUGGUGUGACCCAUGCUGCCAAGUUGUACCCUAACGCCUUCAUCAUCAUGAUCAUCAUCGGUACCCUGAAGGGCAACGGAGCUGGAUUCACCAAGUUGCUGGAGCGAUUGAUCCGUGGUGUCUGGACUCCAACUGCCAUGGAAUUCUUGCAGCCAAGCUUCUACACCAAGGCCUCGCUGAUUGCAUCCAUCAUCUUCGUGUUGGACAAGAAGACUGACCUGAUCUCGGCCCCGCACGCCCUCGUCUACUUCGGCAUCGUGAUCUUCUUGGUGUACUUCAAGCUGUCGUCGAUCCUUCUCGGCAUUCACGAUCCAUUCGUGCCAUUCGAAAACCUGAGCUGUGCGCUGUUCUUCGGCGGUAUCUGGGACAGCUUGGCCAAGAUCCUCGGCCGCGGACAGGCCAAGGAGGAGUCCAAGGACGCCAAAAAGUCCAACUAAAAUGGCACGCAUCUGCCCUGGCGGUGGAUCACCAGCUCAAGACGAUUAUUUUACAUAUUUUAUUAGAUUUAUGUUACUUCUGCGAUUUUGAUUUUAAGUUUUGUACACACACACAGAUCGGUGCAAGAUCGUCGACACAUGCAAUAAAAACGUUUUAGGUGUAAGAACGAACUUUAAACGUCGUAAUAGCUAGAUUGAGGCAUUCUAGUCAUUAAAAACCAAAUUACGCAGACAAAUUAGUUUGAUGAGAAAAACGACUUACGUAAGCGACUGUGGACUUUAGGCAACUUUUAACUACUUGUUCUCAUUUUAAAUCGAUCCCAAUUCGAAAUGCAGUUUGUGAACUACUUAUUGAACGCGACAAUCAAAAGCACGACCUGAUCACAGUGGGUGAGAUCGAGUUGUCCUUUUAUCUAGUCGAAAUCGAUACUCAUGAUAUCAAUAGCAAUAUACCUACACAAAAAUGAAGCCAUUCAACUUUCAAAGGAGAGUAUGAUCCUAGUAUUAAGUGCGACAAGGCUAUGCUCAAACGGGGAGUUACUUUUACCAGUGAAUCAAACAAAAGAAAGGCAUGAUUCCAAACGAUGGAUUUUGUCGAAACUCUCAAAGCUCGAGCGUAGCGUUGAAGAACAAAACAUUCAUUUCACAAAUAUUGCAAAUUGAAAUUGGGAAAAUAUAUACAGAUGAUUCGAUCAAAA